CCCAAAAGUCGUCGUCAUGUCUGACCAAGAGGCUCCGAGUCAGCAGCGCGGGCAGCCCAAGCCACCGGCCGGAGAUCCGCAGGCGUCCCCCGGGCAGCCGCCUGCGACGUGCCGCUCCCUGGUGCUCACGGGCUACGGGGGCUACGACAAAGUCAAGCUGCAGGUGAGUGCGUUCGUCGAGCCGCGGCUGCAGCCUCAGGAGGUCCUGGUUCGGGUCAAGGCGUGCGGGCUCAACUUCGCCGAGCUGAUGGGCAGACAGGGUCUGUACGAGCCUCUGCCCGCGCCCCCUGUCACCCUGGGGAUGGAGGGGGCCGGCGUCAUCGAAGCGGUCGGAGAAGGGGUGAUGGACCGGAAGGUGGGCGAGCGGGUGAUCGUGAUGAGCCGCAGCGGCGUGUGGCAGGAGACGGUGGCGGUGCCCGCCGCUCGCGCCUUCCCCAUGCCCGAGUCCAUGAGCUUCGAGGAGGGCGCCGCGCUGCCCAUCAACUACCUGACGGCGUACUUGAUGCUCUUCCACAUGGCCAACCUCACGCCGGGCAAGAGCGUGCUGGUCCACAUGGCGGCGGGCGGCGUGGGCAUCGCCGCCACCCAGCUGUGCCAGACGGUGCCCGACGUGACCGUCUUCGGCACGGCGUCCGCCUCCAAGCAUGACAUCAUCACCCAGGCGGGCGUGACCCACCCCAUCGACUACCGGACCAAAGACUACGUGGAGGAAAUUCGCAAAAUCAGCCCCAAAGGAGUGGACAUUGUUCUGGACCCACUCGGUGGUGCCGACACGCAGAAGGGCUUCGACUUGUUGAAACCUUUGGGCUCGCUCAUCGUUUUUGGUGCGGCCAACUGCGUGACGGGCCAGAAGAGGAGCCUGCUGGCGCUGGUGAAGACCUGGUACAACCAGCUGUCCAUCAGCACGCUCAAGCUGAUGCAGACCAACAAGGCGGUCUGCGGCUUCCACCUGGGCUACUUGGACGAGCAGCACGUCGACGCCGGCAUGGCCUCGCUGCUGCGGCUCUACGCCGAGGGCAAGAUCAGGCCUCGCGUCGACUCUCGCUUCCACUUCGAGGAGGUGACAGACGCGAUGCGGCGCAUGCACGAGCGUCAAAACAUCGGGAAGGUCAUCCUCCUCCCCGAGCCCAAAAAGCAGGAUUUGGAGCUGAUGGCGUCGGGGCAAAAGCUUGCAAAGAAAUGACAUCAUCGAAGGAUUAAGUAAUCAUCGGAUUUUCCCCUUCUCCACUUCCUCUGCCGACUUUAUAGUUACGCCGUGUGUGUGCGUACAUGUGGACGAGAGCACAACUCGGCCCAUCUGGAUGUGAUCAAAAGGGGGGAAGUCGCUGCAUUUUUUUAAAAUCAUACAAGUAGUUUGUCACUUUGGGAAAUGGACCUUGUUGCCGAUUUAAAAAAAAAAAAAAAAAAAAAAAAAACAACAACAACAAUAAAUGCAGCUAAGAGAAACUCUUAAGAAGUGAGGGAAAAAAAAAAAGGCUGCUUGGAAUCAGCUGGUAAAGCGUCGGCCUCAUAGUUCUGAGGAUCCGGGUUCGAUCCCGGCCCCGCCUGUGUGAAGUUUGCAUGUUUUCCCUCGUGCCUGCGUGUGUUUUCUCCGGGUGGGCACUCCGGUUUGCUCCCACAUCCCAAAACUAUUCAACAUUAAUCGGACACUCUAAAUUGCCCCAAGGUGUGAUUGUGAGUGUGGCUGUUUGUCUCCAUGUGCCCUGCGAUUGGCUGGCGACCAGUUCAGGGUGUACCCCGCCUCCUGCACCAUUGACAGCUGGGAUAUUAGCAACAUUUUAGAGACAAAAAUAUUAGAAUUCAACUUUUGAUUGUAUUUAUGUGCAGAUUCAGUUUGGGAAAUAUUCCUGAAUGGAUGUGAUUGCUUCCUCACACAGCAGGGGGCGACCAUUUCCGUCAAAUAACAACAUCGCUCACCGUUCGAAACGUCGGAAAGUCGUCAGGUUUUCUUUACCUGUUAUAGCGGAAAUGAUUUAACUUUGAAAGGGUGUGCCGGAAACGGCCAGCCUCCCCGCAUGUUUGCCUUGACACUGAACGGGAAUACCCUCGUCGUUGUCGUCGUCAUAGACGUACUUUCGUAUCGGCUUCGAUGCGUGAAGAGUGCUUACGGCGACGUCGCCGCCAUAUUGGAUGUGGCUAUGUGACAAAGAUGCAAAAAAAAAAAAGGACACCUCGUUCACGUGCUGAUUCGAGGCCGUAGCAACCAUUUUACUCUCAACGUCUGAUCUGAUUGGAUUAUCUUUCACAGGUAAAAACUGAGUUAUGACUUUUGUUCUAUUUGACGACUUUUAACAGCUACACAUGAGAUAUCGUCUGCAAUAUUCUCUCAAAAUAUUCCUGUUUGGGGUUGAAUUGAUAUAAAAAAUGAAUUAUAUUAGCACUCUUUAAUAUACAAAUUGUUUUGGUGAGCUUAAUUUUCUUAAGUCUACAGCUGCAUUUCAGGAUCGUAUUAUUAUAGACACCUUAAAUAUCCAAUACAAAUAUUAUAUAAUGUAUAAGUGCAAUCACUCGUGAAAUUAUUCAAAAACAUAAGGCAUACUGUAGUGCCCGAAGCGUGUUGAGUGACGGUUGUGACAUCAGCAAGAGGUGAAAGUGCAAUUAUGCAUUUUAAGCUUCUGUUCCCGCUGGUGAGAAUAAAAGCUGCAGAGCUUGACCUCACCCGAAUGCACAUUCAUGCAAGCGGGCCACACGCACACCCCCAGACUUGAGCCAAUAUUUCAUCUUAAAG